GACAUCCAACCUCUCCCAGCUCAGAUAUACACCAAGACCCCAAUCAAGCCAUUCUAAGUAAACACCUGUAAGUCUCCCCACUAGCCCUCUUCCCAACCUCUCUCUCCCAUACUCGCUGGCCACUCACCCCACUCUUCAGAGAAACCAGCCCCAUAACUGCGUACAAGCAUAAUUUAGAAGAAGCUCUUCCUUGGAACCGAUACCCAUGCAAUUAAUAUCCCGUCGGCCACAAUAUGAUUACUGUCAUUCUUGCACGUUGGCCAUUUAUAGCUAGCUAGAGCUAGAUUCCUAGCCUCUAUCUGUGCCUAUAUAUCCUCUCUCUCUCUCUCUCUCUCUCUCUCUGCCUUUUCUUCUAUUGGGAUGCUUGCAGUCUCACCACUGAGAGGCUCCAAUGGAGAGGAAAGAGAUGGGGGGGUCGGGGAAUUGCCCAGCAACUUCUCCGGUGACACCCUGCUGGAAGAUAUCAACUUUGAUGACCUCUUCAUGGAGUUUGAUGACGGGGACAUACUGCCGAACCUUGAGGUGGAUCCUGCUGAGAUAUUUUCGGAGUUGUUGGCAGGUGGAGAGGAGGACUCUUCGGGGAUGGCGAUGGCGGUUGAGUCGGCGGUGGGUUCAAAUGGUGCGGGUCAAGAGAAUGGAUUAAUGGAAGGGGAGAUGAAGGUAGAGAAGGAUCUGAGUCAACGUGAGGAGGUCACGAGUGCGACGACAAGGGAGGACACGGUGGCCAUGGCGACGGAGGUCAGGUCGCCGUCAUCAGAGGCCGGUAGAGGCCGGAAGUCAUCGGCAACGGCAACGAAGAACUCGCAAGGGAAGCGGAAAGUGAAGGUGGAUUGGACGCCGGAGCUGCAUCGAAGAUUUGUUCAGGCAGUGGAGCAGCUUGGAGUCGAUAAAGCAGUGCCAUCGAGGAUUUUAGAGCUAAUGGGGAUCGACUGCCUGACUCGACACAACGUCGCUAGCCAUCUGCAGAAAUAUAGGUCUCAUCGUAAGCAUCUUCUCGCGAGGGAGGCAGAAGCUGCAAGCUGGAGCCAGAGACGGCAAAUGUAUGCGGCCAGCGGUGCCAGUGCAAAAAGGGACUUGAACCCUUGGCUUGCCCCCACCAUUGGCUUCCCUCCACCUCCUCCUCCUCCUCCUCCUCCUCCUCCUCCAAUCCAGUCCUUUAGACCGUUACAUGUUUGGGGGCACCCCACUGUGGACCCACCAUUAGUGCACAUGUGGCCGAGACAUCUAGCCCCGCGGACUCCAACUCCGCCGUGGGCUCCUCGGCCACCUCUUCCUCCACCAUCAAACCCUUCUUUUUGGCACCACCAUUACCAUAAGGGCUUUAGAGACGGUUGGGUACCACAUACCCUAGCACAAGGAACUCCUUGCUUCCCUCACGCAUUGCCAACGAGGUUUCUAGCUCCACCAGUCCCGGGUGUUCUUCCCUACCCGUUCUACAGGUCACUUCCUCCUCCCGCCACAAAGCACCCUGUUCCACAGAUUCAACUCGAUGCUCAUCCUUCAAAGGAAAGUAUAGAUGCAGCUGUUGGAGAUGUUUUAGCAAAGCCAUGGUUGCCGUUACCGCUUGGGUUGAAGCCUCCAUCAUUGGAAAGUGUGCUGGUGGAACUACAAAGGCAAGGUGUGUCAAAAGUACCGCCAAUGUGUGGUUGAUAUCAUGUCAACACUACCUUGGUUUCAUGGCCAACGUCCAUCAAGAAUUCGUCGACAUGUCUAUGAUCUGUAGAUCUUAUACUGAGUAAAAACUGAAAUCUCCUUUCAAUCUUUUCGUGAUUAGGUCCACUUAACUCAUUAGUACUUGUAUGAGAGUACUGUCAGGCUGGACGAUGGCGGAUGAACGCAUGAGCAGGCAACUCCUCUCUUUUUUUCGGUAGUACUAUGACUGUUGUACCGUAAUAGGGCAAUUUGAUUUGUAUUUAAUGAUUGCAGUAGGACUGUUGCCA